AUGGAGAAAACAAGUGUUGAAGAUGAGCUCGCUCUCACUGUCACUACUAAUUGUAAGAGACAGAAACUCUGUACACCGCUGCUUGAGGAUUUCAAAGCCGAUUCGUCUCAAAAGCUGAAAGCUUUACACGACCAUCUCGACAUUGUUGUUGCGGAACGAUCUCGGCAAGUGAAGCUCAAAGAAAACCAACUCAAUAUUCUCAGCGUAAAUCUGGUGGACGUCCAAAAGCAGAUAGAAGCAGCAAGAACUGAAGCUCUCAACAAAGAAAAAGAACUCGACUUGCUAAAGAACGAGAUCAAGACAGAGGAAUCAACACUCAAGAACACUCAAGACGAGCUUGAGUCGAAGAAGAAAGAACUUGACUUGCUAAGGAGCCAGAUCAAAUCAGAGGAGUUAAAGAAGAAAGAGCUGAGACUGAGAAGCAGUGUGCUCGUUAAGCACGAGGAGAAGCCAAUUCAAGAAGAGACUAAGCUGUGCAAAGAAGAUGCUCUCUUUAUACGUGAAUUCUCAUCAGCGUCUCUUGACCGUGAUGAAGUAUUUAGGUAUCUUAGAGCUUUAUCUAAUCCAGCGAAAUUCGUUCUGGAUCUUGUUGAGGGACAGAUUAGGGACGCUCAACGAAGGCAAAGAUCCGGUUUACAAGAUCCAGUGGUGGAGAAUCUGCUUAUGUUCUUGGAAGAGCUAGCGAAAACUGGAGGAUGGGACAAAGAUCAAAUGAGGUUCAAGGCAAUGCAGGUGGGAACUCAGUGGAAAGAGAUGAUAGUGAUCGAAUCUCCAAGCUCGUCUCUGGAGGCUUUGGCUUUCUUGUUGUUCAUCGUUGGAUAUGAAUUAACAAGAUUGAUUGAUCAAGAAGAGACUGUGCUACUUGCCACAUCUGUUCUUCAUUACCAACAAGGUCCAGAGCUCUUUCACUUGCUUGGUCUCAAUCGUAACAUCCCAGAAUUUAUAAGAGAGCUCAAAGAGGAUCAUCAAUACAUUCCAGCAGCUCGAAUCAUAUGUUUGUUUAAGCGUAAAGACUUUUCAGCCACAACUCUCUUAAUAAAAGAGAUCGCCGAAUUAAGAAGACGCUCUUCCGUGGAAAAAGUUGAAAAGAGAGAUGUUGGGAAAUUCAAAGCCAUAGUUGAGCUAGCGGAGGGUAUGAUCUUGACAUUGAUAUUCCAGCGGCUCUUACUGCGAAGCUCAUGCUUCAGAGUAAAAACUCAACACCACCUGUGA